AAUUAACCCAUCUUUAAUUAAUAAUGGAAACAUACUAAAAAUGGAAAUUAUUAAUAACCAAAAACAUGGAAUGGGGUUAAACGGUACAAAAGAAAUCGAUGAAUUUAUACGAUUCGGGAAUACAUCUAUGGGUUUUGUUAAAAAUGGCGACUUCCAGAUGUUCAUCUCCAGACGAUGAUGGUUAUAAACGAUUUUCCGAUGAUUUGCACGUUACGUACGGUUCAAAUUCACAGGCUUUAGAUGAAAUGGGAAGUCGUUCUAGUUUGAGUCGAGAAGAUGAGGACACAACUUGGGAUUUAAAUUUCCACGAAGCUGCGAUUUAUUUAGAGGAAGGUGCAAACAACGAAAAAUUCGACUCCCACCCGAAACACCCAUCAGCCCUCCCGGCUUAUUUACUCGUACAUAACUCAUGGUAUUACGGCCUCGAUUUAUUAGCGUCAAUAAUCUUGUUAUCGCUCGCUUUAUUUGAAGAGCCGGCAAAUCCGAAAUUAAUCCUCCCCAUUGGGAUUCACUCAGCUUUAGAACUCAUUACUUUAAGUAUCAUUUCAAUCGAGUUAAUUUUAAAGCUACGUUGGACCGGUUUCAAAACGAUCCUAAAUCACAAAAGAACCGCGUUAAAAGGAAUCGCUUUAGUAAUAAUGAUUUUUGAGGCUUUAAUCGUUAUAAUCCGCUACGAGAGUCAUUUUCGCGUAACGAGGGCGUUGAGGCCGCUUUUUUUGAUCGACACGAAAGCUUUGGGGAACGUUCGAAGAUUUAUUAGGCAAAUUUUGCAAUCUUUACCUCCGAUUUUAGAUAUGCUCGGGUUGUUAAUGUUUUUCGUUUGUAGUUACGCUGUUUUGGGGUACUUUUUGUUUAGCGAUAACCAUAAAAACCCUUAUUUUAAAUCGCUCCCCGUUUCUUUUGUGAGUAUGUUCGUUCUUUUAACGACGGCUAAUUUCCCGGAUGUUAUGAUGCCUUCUUAUUCCAAGUCGAAAUAUAAUUCGAUCUUUUUUAUUUCGUACAUCUCGAUUUGUUUGUACGUUUUGAUGAAUUUAAUGUUGGCCGUUGUUUAUGAAACUUUUACCGGAAUUGAGCGGGAUAAGUUCCGGAAGUUGUUGUUGCAUAAAAGGGUCGCUUGUAAACGGUCGUUUCGGUUAUUAGUCAGUAAGAGUGCGCCGAAUUCGGUUCGAUUCCAACAAUUUUAUGGGUUAAUUCGGUAUUAUUCGCCGAGGACUUCCUUGAGGGACGCAAUUUUAAUGUUUCGGAAAUUGAAUGUUUCUGGAUCGGGGACGUUGAAUUUGGAGGAGUUUACUGGGAUUUACGAUGCGUGUUCGUUGAAGUGGAGGAUGAAGGAGCCAAUGGAUCCUUGGUAUAGCUCCGCUUGGCCCCCAUUGAGGUGUUUAUGCCGAUUUGCGAGGAAUUUGGUGGUUCAUCCUUAUUUCGAACAUUUUAUUUAUGUUAUAAUAAUCGGAAAUGGUUUGGCAAUGUUAAUUCGUGUUCUGCAAUACGCGGGAUCGUUAGAAGAUGGGGCGCGAAAUUUUAUGGCUUCUUGGGAUACUUAUUUAUUUUUUUCUCUGUUUUUGUACGAAGCGAUUUUAAAAAUAAUCGCCUUGGGUUGGAACGAGUACAUUUCAUCCGGUUGGAACGUUUUUGAUUUAUCAGUGACUUUGAGUGGAAUUUUUGGAUCCUUUUUGUUGCUUAUUUGGCCCUCCUUAACUGCAGUUGUGAUUUUACGCCCAUUGAGACUUCUUCGUUUAUUUAAAUUAAAGAAGCGUUAUCGAGACAUUUUCGGAACCCUCGUCCUUUUAUCUCCAUUGAUGUGGUCCACGGCUAUCGUAAUGAUGGUAAUGUAUUAUUUUUUCGCAAUAAUUGGCAUGGAAUUAUUCUCCGAUAAAGAUCUCUACAAUUGUUGCGUCAACACCACCGUUGAAGAUUACUUCCGAUACAACUCGAACGGAACGGCCGUCACAACAAUCGGAUAUUAUUACUUAAACAGCUUCGUGGACUUAAUCACUUCGGGUAUCACCUUGUUCGAAUUAACCGUAGUUAAUAAUUGGUUCGUCAUCAUGGAUGGAUACGCCCACGUUUCGGGAGAACCCUCAAGGAUUUUUUUCAUGACUUUUUACUUAUUUACAAUGGUCGUAUUAACCAUCGUCGUCGCCAGCGUUUUGGAGGCGUUCCGCUUCAGGAUCCAGUACAAAAAGAGGACGUCGAAGAAAGAUGAGGAGCAAAUGUUGCACGAAGAAGUUGUUGUCGAUUGGUGCUCUUUGGUUGCGCAAAUUCCCGAUCAGCGUCAAUUAGAAUUGUUGAAAGGCGAUUUUAGAGUUGGCGGGGUAACUUGCUAUGUGGGGCGGAGGCGAAGAACUAGGGAGGUUUUACAAAAACAUAUGUACACUGUAGAGAUUAAAAGGUGGUUGGAGGAGGCUGAAAGAUUAGAGGGGGGCCUCGAUGAUUCGGGGGUUGCCUCAAAUAGUAGCCGAUUAAUCGAAUCUUAAUCGAUUAAAUUAAUAAUUUAAAAUAAUUCCAAAAAAGUUAGGUUAUGUUUCACAUCUUUGUAUAUAUCAUAACCUCACUUUAAUGUGACAUUAGUCUCUUAAAAUUGACGAGAAAUGUAUUUGGAGUUAUUUUUAGUGUAGAUAGGAAAAUUGUCUUUUAGAGAUUCCAAAAAAAUUAAGUAUUAGCCAAGUACAAUAAUUUUUUAAAACGUUUUUCCGACUGAAACUAAUUAAUUAAUUAAUUAACUAAUAAGGUGUUUAAUGAAAUAGAAUAUUUCACUUUCCUCUCACAUCAUAACCCAAAGAAUGUAAUAAAGAGACCAAAAAUGUUAUUAACUCAUUCUUUAGGCUUUUUGAGAUUAAUUUGUGAUAAUUCGAUCUGAUUUUAUUGUAUUAUUUAACUUUUAUCUAGGUUUUAAUCUAUUUUAGUUAAAAAAAAAUAGUAACUAGUCUUUGUUGUGAUCUUUUUUCCUCUCGAUUAAUUUAAAACGAUUUUGAUUGAAUUAAUAUCUUCUAUUACUUGUUGAUAUUGUUUAGAAUAAAUAUAUUAAACCAAAA